AUGUAUUUAUUUAAUAUGGGGCGCUUCAUCCUGCUGACUCUUACCGUCAUGUCCAUGUUGCUGUGCCAGGGGUUUUGUUCGGGAGUGUUUGAGCUGAAGUUGCAGGAGUUCCUAAACAAGAAGGGAGUACAGGGCAACAAAAACUGCUGUAAAGGAGGCUUGACCUCAUCUUUCCAGCAGCAGUGCGAAUGUAAAACCUUCUUCAGGAUCUGUCUGAAGCACUACCAGCCCAAUGCCUCUCCGGAACCACCGUGCACGUACGGCGGCGCUGUGACGCCCGUGCUCGGCUCCAACUCCUUCCAAGUGCCCGAAAUCAUCCCGGAGAAUUCAUUCACCAACCCCAUCAGGAUUAACUUCGGUUUCACGUGGCCGGGGACCUUCUCACUGAUCAUUGAGGCAUUACACACCGACUCCAAAGACGACCUCUCCACAGAAAACCCAGACCGCGUUAUCAGCACCAUGACCACUCAGAGGCAUCUGACGGUGGGAGAGGAAUGGUCUCAGGACCUGCACACCGGAGGCAGGACGGAGCUGAAGUACUCCUACCGGUUCGUGUGUGAUGAGCACUACUACGGGGAUGGCUGCUCUGUGUUCUGCCGGCCCAGAGACGAUGCUUUCGGCCACUUCACCUGUGGAGAGCGCGGGGAGAUAGUGUGUGACUCCGGCUGGAAGGGACAUUACUGCACUGAACCAAUCUGCCUGCCAGGCUGCGACGAAGAGCACGGCUUCUGUGAGAAACCCGGAGAGUGCAAGUGCAGAGUGGGAUUCAAAGGCCGCUACUGCGACGAGUGCAUUCGUUACCCGGGCUGCCUCCACGGGACCUGCCAGCAGCCGUGGCAGUGCAACUGUCAGGAGGGCUGGGGGGGGCUCUUCUGCAACCAAGAUCUCAACUAUUGCACUCACCACAAGCCCUGCAUGAAUGGAGCCACUUGUAGCAACACUGGUCAGGGCAGCUACACCUGUUCCUGCAGGCCCGGCUUCAGUGGGGCCAGCUGUGAGAUCCAGGUCAAUGAAUGCGCUGGAAACCCCUGCCGCAACGGAGGAAGCUGCACUGAUAUGGAAAACACAUAUACCUGCACUUGCCCUCACGGUUUCUAUGGCAACAACUGCGAGCUGAGUGCCAUGACGUGUGCUGAUGGGCCCUGCUCCAACGGUGGCCGCUGUGCCGACAACCCCGAAGGUGGAUAUUUCUGCCAGUGCCCGACAGGAUACGCAGGAUUCAACUGUGAGAAGAAGAUUGACCACUGCACCUCCGGCCCUUGCUCCAACGGUGCUCGCUGCGUUGAUCUCGUCAACUCGUACCUGUGCCAGUGUCCAGAUGGCUUCACCGGGAUGAACUGCGACCACACCGGGGACGAGUGCUCGACGUACCCUUGCCAGAACGGAGGCACCUGCCAGGAAGGUCUGGACGGCUACACCUGCACCUGCCCACCGGGAUACACCGGCCGCAACUGCAGCUCGCCCAUCAGCCGCUGUGAACACAACCCUUGCCACAACGGAGCCACCUGCCACGAGAGGAACAACCGCUACGUCUGCGCGUGCGUCCCUGGCUACGGGGGAAGAAACUGCCAGUUCCUGCUUCCAGAGCACGCAGCGAUCCGCGGGUCAGAGGUUCCCUGGAUGGCGGUCGGGUCCGGUGUGGCCCUGGUGCUGCUGCUGCUGGCGGGAUGCGCUGUACUUGUUGGAUUUUUCCGAUCGAAAGUGCAGCACGGCGGUCAAAUAGAAACCGCCGGUGAUGGAGAAACAAUAAAUAACCUGACUAACAACUGUCACCGUAGCGACAGAGACCUGGCGGUCAGCAUGAUACCGACGCCAGGCGUCAAAAAUAUCAACAAGAAGAUGGACUUCUGCAGUGGUGACCCCGAUGAGGGGUCCUCACCAGAAAGAAGCAGCUACAAGAGCCGCCACUCGCCUGCAGACUACAACCUCGUACACGAGGCGAACUACGAGCAGGCGGCUAAAGAGGCCAUGCUGGAGGCGGCCUGCGAGGACAAGUGCCAAUCCCUGGACUCAUUUGAGUUCGAGGAGAAACGCAGCAAACGUUUAAAAUGCGAUGCAUCAGAAAAGAAAGCCCCAGAACUGUCUGCAUGUGCGGACACCAAGUACAAAUCUGUGUUUGUGAUGUCAGAGGAAAAGGACGAAUGUAUAAUUGCAACUGAGGUGUAA